AUGCUAGUUGCAGCAGCAGGGUGUGGUCGAGCGAGUACCGACUCCUACAGGCGCAUGCAGCAACACGCUACUUGGAGGCGAGACGAAGCGUCUAGGGAUGCAGUGGUCGUCAUGCAGGUUGUUGGCGUCAUGCUUGCUCUGGGUCCUUGCGUUCGUCCCAUUGCCUUUGAAUCACCAUUCGAUCAUUGGAUCCCAUUCGAUGCACUCGCUCCCAGCAUCUGCCCAGAUGCCAGCCAUGGCCCCCUCGUCGUCAUCCCUAGAGCCGCCGUGGCCGCGCCUCCACCCCACCUCUCUCCUCUGCUUGCUUCCUGGGAUUGGGAAGCGAUCAAAAUCCACCAACAAGAUGUCGACCUGGUCCCCAACCAAGGCCUAACCCUCGGCCUCUUUCGGAUGCGCUGGUGCGACUUUGCCAUCCCGAAUAGGGACUCUGACGCAUGGGGUUCUGCGGUGACUGACCGAUGA